AAACUCCCCAUAGGUAAUCUGUAUGGCACACAUUCAAACUUUGAGCAGAGCAACGGAGUGCAUCGCAGAUAAUGGCGCUGACAGCCAAAGAUCACUCUGUUCCUCUGGCUGAUGGCAACAGCAUUCCUUUAAUAGGACUGGGAACUUAUGGGAAUCCUCGCAUGACUCCAAAAGGAACUACGUAUGAAGCUGUGAAACUAGCCAUUGAAAUCGGAUACAGACACAUUGAUGGAGCUUUGGUUUACUUCAACGAACACGAGGUGGGACAAGCAAUAAGGGAGAAGAUAGCAGAUGGAACGGUGAAGAGAGAGGACAUUUUCUACUGUGGAAAGCUGUGGAACACAUUCCACCCUCCAGAGCUGGUCCGGCCCGCCCUGGAGAAAACUCUGGAGGCCUUACAACUGGAUUAUGUUGACCUAUAUAUUAUAGAAAUGCCCACAGCUUUCAAGCCAGGAGAUAAUUUCUACCCACGAGAUGAGAUUGGAAAGUACAUUUAUCACGAGACGGACCUCUGCGCCACAUGGGAGGCUUUGGAGGCUUGUAAAGACGCUGGACUCGUAAAAUCACUCGGCGUGUCCAACUUCAACAAACGCCAACUGGAGCUGAUCUUUAACAAACCCGGGCUCAAACACAAACCAGUGUCCAACCAGGUGGAGUGCCAUCCAUAUUUUACCCAACCAAAGCUGCUGGAAUACUGUCGAGAGAAGAACAUCGUCAUCGUUGGGUACAGCCCCCUUGGGACAUCCAGAGAUCCAUCGUGGGUUAACGUAAAAAGUCCUCCACUGUUGGAAGAUGAACUACUGACAUCGAUUGCCAAAAAGUACAGAAAGACCACAGCACAGGUGUGCCUGAGGUUCAACAUACAGAGAGGAGUAGUGGUCAUCCCAAAAAGCUUCAACCCUGCUCGCAUUACCGAGAACUUUGAUAUAUUUGACUUCUCCCUGACGGAAGAUGAGAUGAAGGCAGUUGAGAACCUUAACAAGAACAUUCGUUUUGUGGAGCUCCUCAUGUGGUCAGAUCAUCCAGAGUACCCAUUUCAUGAUAAAUACUGACAUUUUAAAUGUAGUUUGAUAACUUAAGUUUGUGAUCAUUGAUUUAUACUUAAAAUGACUACACUUGAUUAAUGUUAAUUAUUCAAUGAUUAUAAUGACAUUUUAAGAAAAAUAUCAAAUCGCUGUAAUAAACACGUAUAAAAAACAUUGUUCAAUUCAUUGCCAAAUGGUUUUGUCAGAGUUGUGGACAUGGUGUGCCACUGACUAUCUAUGUAAAUUACAUAAAAUAAAUAAAUAAACCUUGUAGAAAAGGGUUAUUGAUAGUACUGUAAAACACAUUAAAAGAUGUUGGACAAAUGCGA